GGAACAGUUGCGUUGGAGACAGCCAACACUUUUAAACCCAAACACUUUGUUUGUGGAGUUAUUCGGAUUGUUCCACUGGUGGUGAAUUCAAGUAACGUUAGUUGAGUACCAUGAUCGUGAAGCGGCCGGUCCAGUGCGCUCCUCCUCCUGCUGUGGUUGUAGGAUCUAAAGGCUGGAGGGAUGCGACUGUCCGCUCGAUUUUGCGCGCCGACGAUCUUCUGCGUCAAACUCACGCAGAUCAACUGCACUCAUCUACCCGCUACCGCAGCCACAGCGUCGGGACUUUUACCUCACGACUUCCUCAGUUAACAGCUUACAGUGUGAACAGUAUCGUCGAUCAGGAGCACAAUGAGAGUGACUCGGGAAAGAAAGAAGAAUUCCGACAUAAAUCCAUUGGAAGUACGCUCACUCCAGGAAUCAUGAGCGGGCCGUUCCCCGCACCGGCUCUGCGUGAUCAGAGUGCAGUGGUCAGCACCGGUAUGACGGGUGAAUAUAUGCGGGGUGUGAGAGAGGUGGAGGGUCGCCUGCGCAGACAAGCAGGCAGGGUCACACAGGAGGACACCCGGUUGGAGCAUCAGAGGGAACGACUGGAAAAAUUGCUCCGCAGUCUUAGGAGAGCAUUGUUGGUCAAUCAGCAGAGUGCAGAUGGCAGGAAGUUUCGACCGGCCACCACAGAAACAAUACGGGAUGGAGCCGAUGAUCUUCUACGCAGUGAACGAAGAGGUCUGAAUGUACUUAAACAAGAACUGGAGAGCAUGUUGAAAAAGACCAUAACUCAACAACAGGUUUUGGCUGAGAGCAGUAAGCAGUUGUUGGACUGUGCCUUUGAGAGAUCUGUAGUAACAGAGCUGCUUCCCCAGCAUGGCUCACUCUCAGCGGGUGUGAAAAUGUACCCUUCUCCCCUCUCACUGAAACCUGACCCAACUGGACCGUUUACUCCAGAGUGCAAACAGGCUUUGGAUUCUUCAUCAACAGUACUACGUCAAUCUCAGCAGCUCCGAGAGAACAUUUCACAAGUCAUGAGUGAUGUCAUCAGAAAACAAACAGAUAUGCACCGUUCAGCCAGUGAGGCCCUGCUGAAGAAAAUCACAGAAACUAUCAACCUAGAGCAACAUCUGACACUGAGCUCCGCUGCCACGAGACAGGCCAUUUACCGCAAACAGAGACAGAUGCAGUGUGCUGGCUACAGUCUUGGCAGAGCUAUGGGCCCAGUCAGCAGUGCUGAUCUUUUCUGUCGUGAGAGAUUGAGCAGGCCUAUGACUCAGCUGUAUGGGCAGCAUUCAAGUUUGGGGCUUCCAGAAUCCGACCUCCUAACACAGGGCAGCACUAUGCUCCGGAAACACCUGGAAUCCUCAGGGAAAGAGAUGGCAGAGCUGCAGGUCGCUCAUCAGCAGCUGGAGGAUGACAAGUAUGGAAAGCGUGCCGCAGCCAGUGUGGACUCUGCUGUGAUCCGGCUGCGGGGAAGACUCGUACGUCCCCAGGCUGUCCGGCCUGCAACCAGUUAAAACUAAAGUUAUAACAUAAAGAUGGUGCUUCACUUGCUAAAGUUUGAAA